AUGGGCCUUGAAGCAUUGGACUGGCUAGAAUGCAAGGGAAGAGGUGGUGGCGAUGGCGGUGAAGGUGGAGGUGGUAGUGGUGGUGAUGAAGGUGGAGGUGGUGGUUGUGGUGUUGGUGAUGGUGAUGGUGAUGGUGGAGGAGCCCCGGGUGCAUUCAGAGAAACAGAUAUGGAAUCCAUUGAGUUCUUUCAAGUUUUCAUCAUAAUCAUCAUACUUAUCAUGACUCUGUUCUACAUGUACUUCAGAUCAUCAACAUCUUCUUCUUCUUCUAGUUCUUCAUCUUCUUCUGCUGCUGCUGCUGAUACUGAUAUCCCCCCUCUUCAAGAAAAGUAUGAUGUGUUUAUUAGCUUCAGAGGUGAGGACACCCGCCUUACUUUUACCAGCCAUCUUUAUGAUGCUUUAUGUAGGCAGAAAAUCGAAACCUACAUAGAUAACAGGCUUGUGAGAGGAGAUGAAAUUGCGCCUGCCCUCCUCGAAGCAAUCGAGAGAUCUACGAUUUCGAAUGCAAAGAAAAAAAAGGGCAGUUGGUUGUACCCAUUUUUUACGACAUCAGUCCAUCAGAUGUACGAAAACAAAAAGGGAAUUAUGCGCUUGCAUUUCGUCAAAGCACUCAACAUCAUCAAUACAUCUCAAUAUCUAACAACAAAAUUGAAAAAGGAGUUCUUUCAAAUUAUCGGAGAGGAGGAGAAUAAAGAGGGGAGAGGGGAAGAGAGAGAAGAGAAGAACUUAAGAAGAGGCUUGCUUGGUCUUGCUGAGAGAAGAGACGUGCUCAGUCUCGCCAAGAGAAGAGAGAAGAGGCUUGCUUGGAAAAGCCUCGGAUUCUAA